GAGGCCACGCGGGGGCGGGUGAACCGGAAGAAGAGGAGCUGGGCCUGAAAGCGCCGGGUAAUCGCUAGCGCUGCAGGUGUUUGCGGGUAACAGGGAGCCAGGCCUGGCGGGCGUGUGUCGCGAUGCCGGAGCUGGCGGUGCAGAAGGUGGUGGUCCACCCCCUGGUGCUGCUUAGUGUGGUGGAUCAUUUCAACCGAAUUGGCAAGGUUGGAAACCAGAAGCGAGUUGUUGGUGUGCUUUUGGGGUCAUGGCAGAAGAAAGUACUGGAUGUAUCGAACAGUUUUGCAGUUCCUUUUGAUGAAGAUGACAAAGACGAUUCUGUGUGGUUUUUAGACCAUGAUUAUUUGGAAAACAUGUAUGGAAUGUUUAAGAAAGUCAAUGCCAGAGAAAGAAUAGUUGGCUGGUACCACACAGGCCCGAAACUACAUAAGAAUGACAUUGCCAUCAAUGAACUCAUGAAAAGAUACUGUCCUAAUUCCGUAUUGGUCAUUAUUGAUGUGAAGCCAAAGGACCUGGGGCUGCCCACAGAAGCAUACAUUUCAGUGGAAGAAGUCCAUGAUGAUGGAACUCCAACCUCAAAAACAUUUGAACACGUGACCAGUGAAAUUGGAGCAGAGGAAGCUGAGGAAGUUGGAGUUGAACACUUGUUACGAGACAUCAAAGACACAACGGUGGGCACUCUGUCCCAGCGGAUCACAAACCAGGUCCAUGGUUUGAAGGGACUGAACUCCAAGCUUCUGGAUAUCAGGAGCUACCUGGAAAAAGUAGCCACAGGAAAGCUGCCCAUCAACCACCAGAUCAUCUACCAGCUGCAGGACGUCUUCAACCUGCUGCCAGAUGUCAGCCUGCAGGAGUUUGUCAAAGCCUUUUACCUGAAGACCAACGACCAGAUGGUGGUGGUGUACCUGGCCUCGCUGAUCCGUUCCGUGGUUGCCCUGCACAACCUCAUCAACAACAAGAUUGCCAACCGGGAUGCAGAGAAGAAAGAAGGGCAGGAGAAAGAAGAAAGCAAAAAGGAUAGGAAAGAGGACAAGGAGAAAGAUAAAGAUAAGGAAAAGAGUGAUGGAAAGAAAGAGGAGAAAAAGGAGAAAAAGUAAAACAUGUAUUAAAUAACUUUUUUAAUUUGUAAAUUAAAAUCUUACCAACUAAAUCAGUGUGCCGCUGGAGGGUUCUUUUUCACUUUAAAAAGACUUGCUUGUUAGAAAGCUGUCCCAACAAGAGCUGUCUGCCUCCAGUCACUCUGGCUGUGGCACUCCGUGGAAGUGAACGGAGACUGAUCUCAAACCUGAACUGCAGCUUCAGCUCUGUGACUUGGGGAUAUGAUAGUCAGCUCAGGCUUCAGAUCGUGUGAGAAACAUGAAGAGAAGUCAACAAACCAGUUCUGGUUCUCUUCAUUGUUUUAUCUCUAAAACCAGGAGUUGAAUUUUCCCCAUCUUGAAAGACUCUUGGGGUCUGUUUCUGGUAUUUUACAAAAUUAUUAAAUGGAAUGCAUGAAUUCCAUAUGUUCUUUGCCUGGUCACACCUGGAGUGCUGGCCCUUCUGAAUUGUUGACAAUACCACACCAUUUUGGACCCAUAGCUCUGGCAUUCUCAGGGGUUGGGAUUCAGCUCCUUAUAUUGUUUACCUUCAAAAACAAUUAAAUGGCUUGAUUUUUAA